AGAUAAGAUAAGAAACAAUAAUGUUGCUUACAUUAUUAUGUCAUAUUUACAUUUUCAACUUCCUUAUAAAUGUCAAGAUGUCUUAAGGAACGCACGUUAUUACUUUUUUAAUUUAAUUAGUUUUAACGUAAAACAAUUAAAAUUCGUACGUUCUUGUCUGAAGUAUAGUUUUAAUUUGAGUAAAUUUCAAUACCACAAGACGAGUUUUGCCAUUUCUGAACGUGAAUUACUGUUUGAUAACAGGUUAUGCUGAGAUUGUGAUUGUCGACUGAAAUUAUAUAUUAAGACAACACUGAAGCAGAUUGUACUAUGAUUUUGUUAAAUAACCCAAAAACAAUGAACAGUUCCGGUCAAAGUAACGAGUUUGUAAGUAAAGUGUGUAGCAAUCUUCUAAGUAAUUCCGAAUGCAAUGCAGUUAUACAUCAACCUGCUCAUGAUUCGGACUUGGAAGACUUACCGUCCACGGUAGAUAUGGACGCUAUUAAAAAUCCGAUCACAACAUGAAAGGAGCACGGAUGUUUGCCAAAAUGAACAAAUCGAAAAAUCUACCAAUUUGUACAAAGCGUUAUGCUUUUCAAAAGUAUGACCAAAAAUUAAAAUUAUCCAGGACUUUUGCUCCUCAUGGUCUUAUGGUGAAAGUAUCCAACAGUACGGUGACAGCUCGACCUAAACACUUUGAGGCCAUUCAAACAGCUAAAACAUUAUCGAGUUCCAAUUAAAAAACAAAGGCUAGUAUUGAAUGGAGCUCCGACGUCGUGGUAAUAGGUACGACAAUAGCCAGCCAAUGGAAACAUUUCAAAUCCUCCAGAAUCCUGAAGAUAUUGAAAACGAGACCUCGAAAAACCAAAAAUAUUUUUCAACGUUAAAUACUACUUUAACAGCACUAUGUAUAUUGAUUUUACUUAAUGCUUUUGUGUAUUACAUGGACAACCGUUUGCCAGAAGUUGAGAAUUCAAACUCAGCUAGUGGUUUUGUUGUAAAACGUGCAAUGGCAACGUUGUCAAAAUUAUCGGAUAUAGGUCCCAGACCUGUCGGUAGUUUCGAAAAUGAAAACUUAGCUUUCAAUGCACUGCAAACGGAAAUCGAGAGUAUCAUGCUAGACCAAGGCAACGUGAACAACAUUGAUAUUUUAAAUCAACAAGUUAGCGGGUCCUUAAUGUUAAAUUUUCGAAAUAUAAAAUUUACGUUUGAUUAUAAAAACUUACAGAAUAUUGUUGUGAAACUAAAUCCAAAAAAUUAUAUUGAAGAAGCUCUAUUGUUAAAUUGCCAUUUCGAUUCAGUGCCUGCCGGACCUGGUAUAAGUGACAACGGUGUGCACUGCGCGGUUAUGAUGGAACUCCUUCGAGUCUUAGCCAAAUGCAACGAUUUGCGGCGACCGAUAAUAUUUUUAUUCAAUGGUGGGGAAGAAAUAAUUUUACAAGCUUCGCAUGGUUUUAUUACUCAACAUCCUUGGUCUAAAUACAUAAAAUAUUUCAUUAACUUAGAUAGUUGUGGAGCAGGCGGCAAGGAAAUUAUGUUCCAGACCACUAAGUCGAAUUCAUAUUUGGUGGAUUUAUAUGCUCAUUCGGUACCUCACCCGCAUGGCCAAGUAAUAGGUGAAGAAAUCUUUCAGUCAGGAAUCAUUCCGUCAGAUACGGAUUUUAGAAUAUUCAGAGAUUUCGGAAACUUAUCUGGUCUAGAUUUGGCUCACUACAGAAAUGGAUAUGUUUACCACACUAAAUACGAUGACUUGAAUCAAAUUGAACCAGCAGUGCUACAACAUACGGGGAAUAACCUUUUGGCGCUGAGUAAAAUGUUUUCAUCGCACAACGUCACAACAAAAUCCAAGACUAAAUAUGUGUUCUUUGAUGUAUUAGGCGUGUAUAUGUUCUCGUAUACAGAACUAUCGGGAGUGCUAUAUAAUUUCACAGUUGCUCUGCUUUCACUUUUUUCUAUAUUUUUAUCGUUGGGCCAAAUAACAAUAGGAAUGAAUCGUAAAAAGUACAGUUUGCAUUUUUUAACUAUCAUAGCAGGGACAUUUUAUACGUUUUUACUUUCUAUUGUAUCGAGCGUCUUAGUGGCAUAUAUUUUGGACGUGCUGGGAUAUUCUAUGAGUUGGUAUAACAACAAGAUCAAUUUAAUUGUCUAUUUUGCAAUUUCAACGUUAACCAUAUUGUUAUUUACACUUUUGUAUCCUCGAAAUAAAACAAGAACACGUACAGAUUGGACUCUAUCGUUGUUUAAUGGAAACCAAUUGUUUUGGACCAUAAUGUUGUUCAUCACUACAAUGAUGGGACUACGAUCUAGUUUCUUGUUCAUGAUUAUAGUUUUGUUUCCAUCAGUAACUAAUUGCAUACUAGGUAUGUUGAGAAUCCAAAAAAAACCUCACUUAUGGAUAACUAUUUAUGUUGUAUCGUUACUUAUACCCAUAACAUUUAUAUUUUAUUUGACACAAACAUUUUUAUCACUUUUCAUCCCAAUUACUGGACGGUUUGGAUCAAACUUCAAUCCAGAUUACAUUAUUGGCUCACUCAUUUCAAUGUCGACUUUUGCUACUGUUGGAUACAUGUCACCAGUAAUUAUAAUGGUCAAAAAACCAUCAAUGAUCAUUUACGGGCUAUUUGGUUUAUUUUUACUUUCAAUAAUUACCAUAGUAUCGCCAUUUGGAUUUCCUUACUCUGAUGGCAUUAUUCUUCCAAAGAAUGAACGAUUCGAUAUAAUACAUGUACAACAGACAUUUUAUAAUUUUGAAAAAGAGGUACGUUUCAACAAUUCUGGUUUUUUGAUAGUAAAUUGGGAUCGAAAUGCCCCAUUUACAGUUUCUAAAUAUGUGCCAAAAAUGAAGGAAGCCGUUAACAUUGACUGUUCUAAAGAACUACUAUGUGGGCUGCCGCUUACCCCAACCCCGCAACCAUCAAAUAGUUGGAUACCUUCUGCACCAUCAAUGUCGGUCCUGAAAAGUAAUACAGCUAUUUUAUUAAGCAAUGAAAGUACUCAUAGCCGUCGAAUAGAAUUUAAUGUCAAUGGACCAGAAAGGAUUAAUGUGUAUAUCAGUCCUUAUCCAGGCGUUAACCUGACAGCCUGGAGUUUUACCGAUCAACCGGAGGUGACUACUCAAUGGGAAAAUAACGACGUUUACAUAGUUAGGCAUGCUAGUGGAACUAAAGAUGAAGAGUACAGAUUUUGGUUGGAAGUUGAAAGUCAAUAUGGUUUCAAUGAAGCCACGCUAAAUAUCACAGUAUCUUGUGAUUGGGUUAUACACAAAAAUAUGAUACUUAACAAUGAAUUCGAAGAAUUCAUAAAUGCUUUUCCAGUGUGGGCCCAUGUAAACUAUGCUAUGGCCAAAGUUGAUGCAUUUGUUUAUUAAUUAAAAGUACAAAUUGUUGUAGAUCUACUUUAUAAGUAAUACAUUGCUCAAUUUUAAUUUUAUAAAUCUGUUAUACAUAUUUAUAUAUUAUAUUUAUAAUAACUGAAAAUAUACCUUUAAAGUUUAUCAACCUGUAAACAAGUACUUAACUCAUUAGUUUUAUUUAUCAAGACCUAAUUUAUUAAUGUCAUUAGUGUUAACUGAAAUGUAUGUACAUAUACCAGUUAUUCAAAAUUGGGAUUUUUUAUAUAU